CUCCAAAAAGAAUCUCAAGUCUUUCAUGUGCCGCCUUGGUCCAAUAAAAUACGGACUGCCUGCGAGUGGUCGAAUCUAGACGAGCUGUCAAUCACGUUUCCUUGGCGGUAGAUGUGCGGUAACCGCCUUCUGCUUCGCGGAGGCGAGAGGAAAUGCUUGCAUCGAAUCAAAGACUAUAGGAUAUUGUGGAUGCAAAGAACAGAAGUGCUGGGACGUUGCCGAUUUCUGGAUUUCACAUAAGGAAUCAAAUACUUUUCAUUAUAGUCCAAUGCAGAGAAAUGGGUAAACUUCAUUCCAAACAUGCUGCCGUUUGUAAACAGAGGGAGAGUCCUGAAGGCGAUAGCUUUGUAGUUAAUGCCUGUUUGGCGAGGAAAGGAAUCGACGACUGGAUCGUUAAACAGAAAUACUAUUGCACUGGGUCGCGACUAGAGCAGCAGGUCUGUGAGCACAAAACUACCUGUGGACUGUCGACAGGGGUCCCUCCCGAAGAAGAGUAUGGAGAGCGGAUUACCAAAGAACACUACCGUCUAGAAGUGGCACUGCCUCCAGAGAAGACGGACAGCUGCUGGGCUGAGGACAAGAUGCAAGAAAGGGGGGGUCAGGCUCCUGUGGUGGCUAAGAAACAGCUCCAGUUUGAAGAGCUGGAAUGCGCUGUCUCUCUGGAGGAAGACAGCCGCCAAGAGUGGACGUUCACUUUGUAUGACUUUGAUAACAAUGGCAAGGUCACCAGAGAGGAUAUCACCAGCCUGCUGCACACCAUAUAUGAGGUGGUGGACUCUUCAGUGAACCACACCCCCAGUGCCAGCAAAUCCCUGCGGGUGAAGUUGUCUGUGUCCCCCGACUUCAGCAAGAAAUGGAGGAGCUCUCUGCAGAGCGCCACUGAGACUCCCCGCUGCAGGCUAAAGGCAUACAAGUGUGCCGAAGACUCCAAAAACUCUGACAAGAAGUCCCGGGCCCCUCUCAGACGUCACCAUAGCGAUCAUCACACCCAGCAAGGCUGCCAGCGUCACUGCGUGGAUGAAAACCUGGAGCGCAGGAACCACUACCUUGACCUGGCUGGCAUCGAGAACUACACGUCACGCUUCGGGGCAGGCCCCAGCGUGGAUCCAGUAAAGGCAGAGCAUCUGACACGGCCGGUCAACCAGACCAGGUCUCGCUCCCACGAGCCUGAGAACGGGCACUCUCACCCACAUCACCGCCGGCCACAGGCCAACGAGGGCGUGGCCCACCGAAUCCCCGUUCUCGAUGCCGCCUGCCUCCAGCCCCGGGCCCAGGAGCCAGGGAAGCACUCCCUGCGCUCCCCAAAACCCCAGAGCCAGAUGCCACCCCCACCGGCUGCUGGGAGAGCUGUUAGGAGCAGGGGCGCUCCCUCCCAGCCAGUGCUGCUUGGCCAGACCGUGCCAUACCAGUCCUCCGCGCCCUACAGAAGGCAUAAGCCGAGGGCCAAGGAGAGUCAGCAGGCCUACCGGGCCCCCAGACCUCCAGGGCCAGCACUGGAGAAGGAACAGGUGCGGGACCUGCCCAGCGUGCUGCUCUAUGAGGGCGGGCUGGGUCAGGUGGUGCAGAGGCAUGAGCAUCACCACCACCACGAGCACCACCACCACUACCACCACUUCUACCAGUCAUGAGCUCUGCCGCCAAUCCUUCAGGACACCACCCACUGCACACAGACCCUGACGACUGCACAAAGGCCCUUCCUCCAUCCUCUCCUGGGGCAGAGCCUCAGGGGGAGGAGCUGAAGCAGGCCCCACCCGAACUGGGAGACUGUGGCUUGUGUGUCUCCAAAGCCAGUGAGGACUGAGACAUGGCCCGGUUCAGGUCCACCAGGAGCCAUGGCACGAUGCGGGCUUGGAUGCAUUUGGCUGGUGAGAUUGGCGACAUAGGGGGUGGGAGAGGGGAGUUUGAAGAAGGGCUUUGGUUCUCUCUUCCUCAGGACCGAAAAACACUCCUUAGCUGGGCUUCUCUGUCCCUCCUCCCAGAGUAGCUAGAGGAAGCCAGGAGGUCACUGGUGGGGACGGUCCGCAGUCCACUGGCUGAUAUUCAUGAAGGAAGGGAUAGUUUGUGGUGUACCUGUGUGGAAGAAGGGUGUUGUGGACCACGUAGCUCUAGGACCUGGUUCGCUGCAAAUCUACUUCUGUCACUGAAGAUCACUCAAAAAGCACUUCCUGGAGCAAUUGCUCUAAAAAUGACAUUGCUGUUAACAUCGGAUUAAGGCAUUCAUAAGAAUAUCAAGACAUUGAAGAAAAUUUAAAAAGGAAAAAGUGUAUGUGUGCUGAGAAUGGAAUACCCCAAACAGCUGCUAACUCUAGUGUUAUGAUUAUUGCAACUAUAAUUUUUUAUUCAGGUUUUAUUUUCAACUACAUGUAUUAAAUUUAGCCCAUGGGAUUUAUUUUUCUAUUCUUAAGUGAUGUAACAGUAAGCUCCUCACAUUUUCUUACUGUCAACAAUUGUCAACAAUAUGAGCUUUACUGAUGCUGUGUUUUUUAUCCACAUUAUGAAAGCAAAGCUUCUCUCUAUGUUAUCUGGUAUGUUCUCACAAUAUGUUUUUUGAAGGCCUCACCCUCACAUUUGGAGUAACUGAAGUUCUUGUCCCAAGGCUACCUUAUCGGAGUGAAAUUCCACGGUUAGGGACAGUCACAGUCAUACAAGCCACAGACAACAGGAUUAUUUAUAAAAUAGAUACUCUUUCAGGUAAAUUUCUAUUCGCUCGAUAAUAGUGGUUUAACAAGUAAUAUUCGAGGCACUGAUUGUGGGUAUGUAGAACUGAAAGUUUCAGGCCAACAGUGAUGCCAGUAGCUUAUGGUAUAAUACAGUCACACUGAAAUCAAAUACACAAAGGUGGGUUAAAACCAAGAUAUGUUUGUAAUAUAGAUAAUUUCAGUCCUUAGCUGUACAUUGCUGUCACCUUAUUUAAUAGGCUACUGUCAUUUUGUAGCUAUAGACAAACUAUAAAAUUCCCAGUAAUCACUGUAUUCCUUAGCCAUAGAGAUGUCCCAUUUUGUCUCGUAUUUCAAUUUAUCCCAGCAACCUUUAGCUACUUUAGUCAGUUGAUUAGAUAACCAAGUAGUCAUAGAAGCCUCAUGUGACAGAACAACUAGCACUGACUGUGAGAUGAGAGAGUGAACAUGAGGAUAAUUAGAGAGUGUCACUUAACCACGAGUUGACAAAAAUCACAGUCAAAUCUGAAAAUGGCAGGGUUUCCAAUCUUGUAAAUGUAUGGACUGUAGAAAUUAACAGUGAAGUGUUCAUGAUUGCAUAAAUGUAGCACAAUAUGCUUUCAAUUAUGGAAUCAACAUGUAUGCUAGCUAACUGUAAUGUUGAUCAUAAUUGGCCACAGUCACUUUGUAUUGCAAAUAAUGAGUCAUUAUGUUAUCUGAUAUAAGACUUUUGUCAUCUGUCAGGAUCAUUUCUUAUUUGUGGUUUACUGUUUCAUAUUCCAAAAUAGGUAAUUUUAGCAACACUAUGCAGCUAUUCCAAGUGCAGUAUUUUAUGCUAUUUGCUACAUCCACCGAGCUAUACGCAAUUAGGUAGUAUAACUGGAUUUUACAAAAGUUUCAUUUCAGAGCAGACACUGGUCAAAUUGAGCGGUCUUUACAAUAUAUCAUUCUUAUAGGUUACCCAUGUAAGAUUAAUGUAUCUGCACAGUGCCCACUCCAAAUGAAAGGAAAUGCACUUAUGGAUUUUUAUUACUUGGCUUUAUUGAUGUGUGGUAUGUGGUCAAUCAAACUGACUUUGCAAUUUGUUCAGCUAAGUUGGUAAGUUCCGUGUAGCAACCGGCUAUGCAGCGUGGUGGACAUAGCUAGCAUCACAAUGUGUAAGAUCAAUAGGUGGCUGUAUUUGAAACAAAUUCCAAUAUCACCUCUGCAUGAAUUUCUAACUUGAAUUUAGCAGCCUACCAUAGCUAAAGAACAAAAAAAAAAUGCUGUGGAACCUUUAUCUCAAGUGCUUUUAUUUUUGUAAUGAAUAGAUUGACCCAUUUCUUAGUUUAUUAGACUGAAAAUUUAUUGAAUACAUUCAGGAUGAACUUGAGAGACACCCAUUUCCAAAUGUUAUCUUUUGGUCCACUUGUGGCUGGACCAAAGUAAAUACAAUGUAUUGUUUUGUUGCGUCUGAAUUAGGGAUGUGAAAAACUCUGAAAACCAUUAAACAUUUACACGGUGCAAAACACGGCUUCCACAUUUAAACAAGUUUUGGGGAGGGGGGGAUUUUUUUUCUAAAUUUGCUGCAUUGCAGUUUAAACCGGCACACUACCCGAACUAUAGCCAAGAUGUGCUUUUAUACACUAAGCUGCAAAAAAGCAGCCACAGAGAGGACAUCAAAAGGAAAUAUGGAGGCCUAUAUAAGCAGUGCAAAACACAGAAAGGUGCCAUAUGAUGAGUAGUACAGAAAGGAUAACUUAAAAUGUCUUGAUAGGAUAAAACAGUAAUAAGGUGUUGGGUUUACUGAAUCUUAAAAAAAAAAAAAAAGAUAUACAGUGCCCUCCUGAAGUAUGGGAACAGUAGCCUAAAUGAGGACUGAAGACAGAAAUCCACCCAACACGAAUAUCAAUUUAAAAAGGCUGCAGUAAAGGUCAAGAAAGGCAUUUCCAGAGAAGAUACACAAUGAUUGGUGAUGUCAAUGGGUCGUAGAUGCAGCUGAAAGUGAGAAGACUCAACACAAAAACAGCUGUUUCUGUAAAUUGGUAAAUAUGCCCAUGUAAAUAAAAGCUAUUGUACUUUUGUCUCA